AUGGAGUUGCUGCCCGACCAUCAAAGCGAUCUUGCAGAAGCCCCCAAGCGGGGUCUACCUCCAAGUUCUCUCAGCUCGAACUUCUACAGACUAAACGAGAAAUGUAACAAGACCAUGUGGUGGACAAUAUGCAAGUACUGCUACGUUGCCCAUGUAAAUGACAAGGCCAGAGUCCCAUUUCCUGUCAGCAUUCACGGCCGAAAAGCUUCCUGGGAGAAGCAUCUGUCUGAUUGCAGUUACUACGUGCAAGCCACCGGCAAGUUGCUGAAUAAGGAGAGCGACACCAGCGAGUACGAGGUCAGCCGGUCUAACAAGCUGCAGUGUGCAUCACCACCUGAAUUUACUUCAGCAGAACAGCGGAUGUUCUGGCGACUCUUACUGGAGUUCCAGGCGGAAGCGAUGCUACCGGACUCUUUUGUGGAGUUAAUGUCGUUCAAGCGAUUGCUUACAUUUCUGAGCGCUCGAUGUGGAGCUACUGGCGCCGUUCCAAGUCGCCAAGUUUUAGGCGGGCGGGUUCUUAACGAGUAUGCUGACCUGCAUUCAACUGAGCAGCGUAAUCACGUUAUGGAAAUUCAGAAUCGAAGUGGUGCCAGAGUUAAUUUUUUGUCGGAUGUGUGGGAAAAUAUUGCAAAGCAGCAUGUAUUAGGCUGCCAAGUUGCUUUGUUUGGUCGAAUGAUGACACAUGGGUUGGUGCCUACCGGUUCUCGUCACGAUGGGCUAGCAAUUGCCCAACAAAUGGAAGAUGUCAUGGAAGAGUUGAUUGCGUCUCAGUGGAAUGUGGGCUCAGCCGUGACCGAUAAUGCUGGUCAAUGCCGCAGAGCGCGAGGUAUCUUAGCACUCAGAUAUCCCAAUAUUGUGUUUUUAUUUUGCUUUGGCCACUACGUGAAUAACCUCGUUAAAGCAGUUCUCAAAACUGUUUUUAAGCAGGUAUCAGAAGCUGCUGCUGGUGCUGCGAGCUUUCUGAAUACGUCUACCUCUAAAUGGCUGACCCGAGCCAUUGAGGCCAUGGAGAAUCGCUACGGAGACAGUUUUGCAGUUUUUACGUUGUGUGAAACGCGCUGGAACUCAAUGCAGGCGUGCUUUGCGUCACUCCUACGCGCGCGCGGAGCUCUGGAAGACUUGGUUUUUAAGUACAGGAACGACAGCGAUCUCCCUUCUAAACUACGGAUUUUGGCUGACAGUGAAUUCUGGAACAAGUUGGAGAGCGCCGAGAAGGUUGUGCGACCUUUAUGUACUGCAUCGUUCCGCUUACAAAGAGAUGAGAAUACAGUCGCGGAUGUUGUUCGCUCAUACAUGGACGUGUACAUUGGUUUCGCUGCCACAGAGUGGAGUCAUGUUCUUGUGGAAUGUGUUGAGACUCGAUGGAACGCGUGUGAGCAGCCAUUGUUUAUGUUAGGAUAUUUUCUCCACCCUCGAUACGUAUCCGAAGCAAGAAAGUUGCCUUCAACUGUCCUUACCCAGCUGGAUGAUAUCUGUCAAUUUGCGCAAUACUACUACCGACGAUUUAUCGGAGACGAUGACAGCACCUUGCGUGGUGACGUGUUCGAUUGGAUAGAGGGGAGCUAUACAACAAGCCGAGUGACAGACUUCAGCUCGGACUUGGUUGUAAAAUUCUGGCAGUACGAAAGGAAGUCGAAGCCUAGCAGCAAGCUUCCGCUCUUGGCGCUCACCAUUCUGGCGAUAGCAGUAAACACAGCGACCUGCGAACGCCUCUUUAGUGAGCUUGCUCUCAUACACACGCCAAAGAGAAAUCAAAUGGCGACUGAGAAGACCCUGAAGCAUCAGGUCAUGCGUCAGUAUGUUCGCGAAAAGAAUCGGAGUGAAAAGUCGGCACCUACCUCAUCUAAAAAGCUGCUUCGGACCAUUGAUCCACGUGAACGACCGCGACUGGCAACUCCUCAACCCUCAGCACAAUCUACUCCGGUCCAGGUCGCAGCCUCCAUAACAGGUACACCAGUUCCUCAGGCUUGCACUAAUACCCCCGGUCACCUCCACCACGAAGCUGCAACUGCUUCGCCGGCUUUACAACGAACGUUGUUUCCUGCUGAAAGAGAAGGUGGCUCGAGUUUAGUUCGCAGCUCUGCUACACCAAGGUGUACCGCAACACCUGGACGUACACCGAGUGGAGGAUCGAUUGUCUGCGAUGUUCCCAGUCAGAAUGUUCCACCAGUUCGCUCUCCAAAUGACGGUACAAAUGCUCACCUUUCGACUCCUGUCACAAACUCCGGUCCUUCGCUGACAACCGAAAUGACCGCAGUCAGCCUUAGUGGAAGCCUGUUAGAAGAAUAUCUUGAUCAUUUUGACUGGGAAGAGUUUGGCGAUGACGGAGACGAAGAGACGAUUGGAGUGUGGGGCAGUAUUCUCAAUACGUCUAGAAUCACAAGUCAUGAAGGUGAUGAUGACGCAGAUGAAAGAAGUUUUGGAACUUACAAUGGUGGUGACCUAGAUGGUGAUGAAGACGAAAGUGCCAAUCAAGGCAACCCUGGAUGCAGUCGCGUCGGCACGUCGCGGUUCACAACAAAGCGCAUAGGCACUUACGAGGACCUAAUUCCUGCUGCUGACAGACGGCCAUAUCCCGAGACGAAUGACCCAGCAUUUCCACAAGAAAAGAAAUUGACGGGGAUCCGGGCUCGAAAAACAUCGCUGGCCUCGCUUGUCGCUAAGUAG